GGGCCCGGGUGAGUUGCGGAACGCCAGCAACACCCGCGGCGCGGCGCUGGGCCGCACUCGGUCACCCGAUGUUCAGUUAUAGCAGUCGACGCGCGUACCGUACAGUGUGUCGUUCGACGUUGUGUGUGUCCUCACAUCGUAUACGUCACACAGUCGCCGACAACUGCGUCGCUUUUACGACGUGUUCAUAAUUAUUCGAGGAGUUUUUUUUUUUUUUUUUUUUUUUUUUUUUUUCGGAGCACUGGUAUUAUUAUUUUUUCACGAGAAACAUCCAGUUAAUACAGUUAAUAUUUCAAUGCCGUCGACGAUGUUGCUGUUUUAGCCGCGUAAGUUUUUCGAUUCGCUUUUCCGAAUCAUAUCAAUCGAUCAAUUAUCGGACGAACGUUUGCAUUGUGCGGCGGCGAUUCGACGUCCUAGCCAUAAUCUGUACCACCAGGAGGUCUUUUCGUCGGAGAGCGUAUUGUACGUGGUAGCUGUGCGUCGUGGUUCGUGUUCGUGGUUUUAUUUUUUUCGCGCCGUGACACCGUACGCGCGCGACAUAUCGACCGGUCGCGGUGAUGUGCACGUUGUUGUUACCGCUGUCGUCGUGGUCGCCGUCGCCGUUCGCUCAAAUCUCAACAACGACAACAACAAUACCGACCGCUGUCGCCUGCUCCGCCACCGCCGCCGACAACACGACCCGUUCGCCGUCGACGUGCGCGCGCGCCUAAUCCCGUGUCGCUGACGCACACACACACACACACACACACACACACACACACACACACACACACAAGCACACGCACGCGACGAGACCACCUGCACCAGCAGCACGUCCGGAGGCCUGUAGAAUUGCACGCGAAAAGGAACGUCGCCGGUGGACAACAGACAUUGUAAAUCGUUUUAAACGAAAUCCCUUCUGACACCGGCAAGUGCGCGGAAAAACGUAUAGGAAGCGGAGGGCGAGAGAGAGACAGCAAAAAACAGUCGUCGUCCCAGUAGAGUCCGUCUGUCGCAGACAUGGGUUGUUUCGGUAGCAAAGACAAGCUGUCCAAGGAAGACAUGGAUUUCUUAAAAUCACACACGAGAUACGACGAAGCAACCAUCAAAGAAUGGUACAAAGGUUUUAAACAAGACUGUCCUAACGGCCGUUUAACUCCAGCCAAAUUUGUGGACAUGUACAAAAUGUUCUUUCCGAGCGGCAAUGCCGAAGAAUUCUGCGAUCACGUUUUUCGGACAUUUGAUAUGGACAAAAAUGGUUACAUUGACUUCAAGGAAUUCCUAUUAGCCAUAGACGUCACGUCAUCCGGUACACCGGAGGAAAAACUAAAAUGGGCGUUCAGAAUGUACGACGUGGACGGCAACGGAGUCAUCGACAUUCAAGAGAUGACGAAAAUCGUUCAGGCUAUCUAUGAUAUGCUGGGCGCGUGUUCAUCGAAUCGUCCAGCUGACUCUGCCGAAGACCGCGCCAAAAAUAUAUUCGCCAAAAUGGAUGAGAACAAUGACGGACAGCUGACCCAGGACGAAUUCCUUAAAGGUUGCCUACAGGACGAAGAGCUGUCCAAGAUGCUCGCACCAUAACCACUGCCCCGGCUGGCGUGAAAGCCCAAAUUAUAUUUCGCCGCAUUUUUUUGUAUAUCUUUUUCUCUCGCCCCGUAGGGUACGCCUUUGUCGGUGCCAAAAAAAAAAAAAUUAAAAAAUAAAAAAAUCAUAUUUUCUACAAAAUUUUGAAUCCAAAAAAAAGCUAAAAAUUUAAUAAUUGUUUUCUUAUGGUUAUAUUUUCUCUAAUAGGGUAAUUUGUUCAUGGUACAUGUAUAAUUUUAAUAUAUACAGAAGUUGCCGGGUUGUACGCGAUAUUUAUCUACGGAGGUACCGCUCCCUUCUCUUGGGUCGAUUUGCAUAGUAGUCAAAAUUCAUCGACAGACCUUCGCGACCUUUUUGAAUAAUGAUUUCCCGAAUCUCGAGUUAGCUUCCAUUUCGCCUGGUGACUUAUUUGUGUACAUAAUUUUCUGCACAUUCCCAUUUACCUGUAAACUAUUUUGUUUUUUAUUAUUAAAAUGGAGACUCAAUUGGACUGUUAACCCACAUUGUUUUCAUUUAUAACAGAUUUUAAUCAGUGCAAAUUUAAGCUCAAAAAAAGAAAAACUAUAAUAAUAAAACUCAAUUAAGUUCACUGAAUCUUAAAAACUCCGUAAAAUAACCAUUAAAAACCAUUUUCGAGGUUGUUUUUUUAAUUUUACUCCAAUAUAAUACUAUUAAGAUUAAUUGGCUAUAAGAAAACACCAAAAACAAAAAACAAAAUUAUUAAAAAAAAAAUAGAACUUGAUUUAUUUAUGCAUAAAAUAAACGGGGUUUCUAAAUAAUAAUAAUGUCGGGUUCGAAAAUCAUGUCAUCGAGUGGACCACUUGUGUAUUAAAAAACUAUCGAGAACUUUCUGUUCAAAAAUCAAAAAUAUCGCACAAAAAUAAUACAAAUCAAUGAUCAUAAUACGAAAUCGUAUUGGUUAUUUAUUGAUUAUUAUUACCUUUGGCUAGUUCAUUAAGCCGCUUGUAAUUUUAAGAAUACAUUCUCUUGGACCAAUAUUAUAUUUAUAUAAUCUUAUCACAUUAAUUUAUAACUUAAUUUCUUAUUCUAUUUUUUUCGUCAAUGGUGCACAUAUAUUGUUGGAUUCCAUUAGCAAUAAAUCGCAACCAAAGUGUCUGUUACCAAAUUAUGAAAUACAUUUACUUUUUAUAUUUAUGAUUAUUAUAAUUUAACUAAAAAUAUUAUUAUUA